CCCUAAAAUGAGAGAGAGAAAAACAACGAACUUUGGAAUGACAAAAAUGGCUCUCAAAAGGUAUUUGUCAUUGAAAAACAUAAUCCCAAGCUGCAUAAAACCCCAAUCUUCAUGCCCAAAAGUUCAUGCUUCAAAGCAGAGUCCGAGCCAGAGAUUAUCACUAAAUGAGUUUAGCCACACAGGGUCUCCAUUGUCAUUGACCGAUCUCUCGAACUCCCUCAUCAGCCUCCAUGUCUUCACGUUCAAGGAACUAGAGUUGAUAACUCACAGAUUCUCCAAGUGUAAUUUUCUUGGUGAAGGUGGAUUUGGACCUGUUUACAAAGGGUUCAUAGAUGACAAUCUCAGGCCUGGCUUGAAAGCUCGAUCUGUUGCAGUCAAGGUGCUUGAUUUGGAUGGCACUCAAGGCCACAGGGAAUGGCUGGCUGAAGUUAUCUUUUUGGGGCAAUUGAAGCACCCUCACCUGGUGAACUUGAUUGGGUAUUGCUAUGAAGAUGAACAUAGGCUUCUGGUUUAUGAAUACAUGGAAAGAGGCAAUUUGGAGGAUAAGUUGUUUAAAAGGGAUGGUCCGCCGUUGCCUUGGCUGACGAGAUUGAAAAUUGCUCUUGGAACUGCAAAAGGGUUGGCAUUUCUACAUGAAGAGGAGAAGCCUGUCAUUUACAGGGAUUUCAAAACCUCAAACAUCUUAUUAGACAUGGCUUAUAAUGCAAAGGUCUCGGAUUUCGGAUUGGCGACCGACGGACCGGAAGGCGAAAAAUCGCAUGUUACAACUGCAGUCAUGGGCACGGAAGGCUAUGCUGCUCCUGAAUACAUUACCACCGGGCAUUUGACGACUAUGAGCGAUGUGUUCAGCUUCGGAGUUGUGCUGUUAGAAUUGUUGACGGGUCUGAAAUCGGUCGACAAGUCGCGACCUGGUCGAGAAAAGAACCUUGUGGAAUGGGCGAGGCCUGUUUUGAAGGACCCUUACAAACUUGAUGCAAUAAUGGACCCUAGACUUGAAGGGCAGUACUCAACUGAAGGGGUUAAGAAGGCGGCUGCAUUGGCUUAUCAGUGUCUAAGCAACCACCCCAAGUCUAGACUAACUAUGAGCAAUGUGGUCAAGGCUUUAGAGCCUCUCCUCGACUUAACCGACAUCCCGGCCGGACCCUUUGUGUAUCGAGUUCCGGCCGACGAUAAUAGCGAACCCGUCAUUCGGAAGAUCGAACAACGAGAGGAAGAGCUACAAAUCGUGAAAAAGGAAGAAAAGAAAGAGAAAAGACGAUUGGCACGCCGAAAAAUUCGACGUAUUCGAGUCCGAGUUAAGCCAUCGAGGUCUCGAGUCGUCUAUUCGGACACUGAUUUGUACAAGGCUUUAGGGUCUAGUUUAUACGCUCCCAAGCACUAGAAACAAUCUAGACAAACAUACCCAGCAAACAAGCAUACUUUAAACAUUUGAAGUUUCUCUUC